AUGGCAUCUUCUGGUGUUGAAAUUGCGACUUCUUCCCCGUUUGGUUGUGUUUUGAGAGAUCGUAAUCAUCGCGAUGGAUAUCGAGAGAGUAACAAAGUUAAAGCUACACAUGGUGCUUUUCAAAGAAACAUUAAGAACUUUGUUAUGGAUCAUCUUAACACGUGCAUUUCCAUGUCUUCUGAUUCUCAAACAACAGAUGAAAACAAGAACGAGGGUCAAAUCAAUAGCAACAAGAACAAUGAUGAUGGUUCUGCUUGGGUUUCAAAACCUGGCAACAAUCUUGCGAAGAUCCGUUUGACAAGAAACAAUCCUAGUGAUAUCAUCAACAACAAAGAUGAGUCGAGUUUGGCUUCGUUGAUUAGCCCGAGGCAUUCGCAGCUUCUUGAUCGUUGGGCAGCGAAACAAGCUCGUGAGAUGGUGUCGACGUUGGAGAAUGAAGCGGAGUUGUUAUCCAUUGACAACGCCAUUGAUGACGUGCCUAUGAGGACAACUUGUUCUACUACCUCUGAGGGAUGUUCUUCGGAGGUAUCAAACCUCGGUGCAUCUUCGCUUGUUCAGAUAUGGGAAAAAAGGCUUAACCAAUCAAGUGGUUCCAAAUCCAAUACACCAAUGGAUAAAACAAGUCCAAAUGGUGGUACAAGUGCGACUUGUAACAAUGAGAAUGUGUUUGUUGUGGUGGAACAAAGAGGGUCAGAAAUUGGAGAAUGUUUUGAAGGACAGUUAUCAGGAAAUGAAGAAUCGUUCCCUGAUUGGGAGUCUGAUAAGACAGGUGAACAAAGUAGGUGGUGUUCGUCGGAGACAGGUGAACAAAGUAGGUGGUGUUCGUCAGAGAGUGAUAGAGUCAGUGUUGCUGAUAUCAUAAAGAAACUCACUUCUACGAGCCAAACUCAAAGUCCAUGUCCAUAUUUCGGGGAUGACAAUGACAAUGAAGGGUGUGGUAAUAGCAGUGUGGCAUGUUCUCCUCGUAAAGAUUUUGCACCAGAACUUUCGGACCAAAAAGCUUUUCCUCAAGUGACUUGUUCACCCCGAAUUAGAGGGCGUCGAGCCUUCAAUGAUUUGUUUAUGCAGUUGGAGAAAGAUAGACACGGGGAGCUAAAGAACCUGGCCGAACGUGGAACAGUCUCCAAGUUCACACAAAGAGGUCGCAUUCAGGCAUUACUACGACAUAAAUCUUUACAACGUGGUGCGGCAGCUAAUAUUCUACCUGACCAGAAACCAACAUCAUCUGAAGUAAGCAAACAAGUACAACCACAGGGGUCUGCAAUUAUGCAACUAAGGGAAAAAUUUAACACUUGUGUGGAACAAAGAAGUACAGUCGAGGCAGAAGUAGCGAAGAUACGAAAUCCUCGCAAGGAGAUUGUAAAUAACAUCACACGAUUAGAAAACUCUUCCAUUGCUGAUCAACUCAGUAAAGAUACAAGCAGACAGAUUGCUAAUGGAACUACGAGUCACACCAUAGAAACGACAGAAAAGUCAGUGUCUCUCAUUAGAGAAGAAGAUAUUCCAAGUUCUAAUGUCAAAUCUCAAGAAACAUGUUUUGAGGCUCAGUGUGAUAAUGCAAAGGAAACUUCUGAGGCAGCUACGUCGGUGACUGAUUCAAAUGUUAAUGAGAAAGACGAAGAGGAAAUUAGCCAUCAAUACGAAGAAACCGAUUAUGAUUGUGCAGUAGAUGAAGAGGGAAGUAACCAGAACUAUGAUGAAAGCAAUUGUGAAGAGAUGUUGGAAGAGAACUAUGAUGAAAAUAGUUAUGACUGGUUUAGAGAAAUUUCUCGACCGAGAAGCUAUUGGGAAGAGCGAAGGCAAUCUUGGUAUAAAGAGAUGCAAGACUCCGGCUCUCCAAAUGACGAUAUACAAGUGCUUCUUCAAAGAAGAACAGUGUCGAACUUCCUUUCGAGCGACUUCCGAGAAAAAAUGGACAGAUUGAUGCAAUCUCAUAAGGGAACACAAACACAUUUAGUUACUAAUCAAGACGAUGAGAUAGACAACGAAGCGUUGAUGGCAUUUUUCAAAGAACACCUACAACCUGAAAAAACUCCUCGAGAAAAUGAAAUAGAGAAAACAGUAGACGAAGAAGAGGAAACGUUAAACGAGGAAGAAGAAGAAGAAGAAGAGGAGGAGGAAAGGAAGCAAGAUGAUAAAGAGCAUGAAGAGGAGCAAGGAGGAGAGAGCUUGGUAAGCGAUUCGUAUCAUGAAGUCGGAGACUAUUCAAAUCAAUCCUCAUCAUGGAGUUAUAGAGACAAUGAACCUGGUGACGAUUUCGAUAGAGUUGCUUCUACAUCUUCACAACAACCUUAUCAAUCACCAUCUUUCUAUCAUGAAAAUACUCGGCGAAACUCCCCACCCAUCAAUCAUCAUUCAAUUGAAAUGGAAAUCAUAUACGAUAUGAGAGGACACAUGGAGCAACUUUAUCAAGAAAUGUCUGAACUAAGGAAAUCAAUAAAGAGUUGCAUGGAUAUGCAAAUGAAGAUGCAGUUACAUGAAAAGAAGUCACAUGACAAAGUUGCUAAGAAAGGAAACUGUUGCAUUUGCAAUGAGACAAAAGCUGACUCGGUUUUUUACAGGUGUGGACACAUGUGUGCAUGUUUGAAGUGUGCCAAUGAGUUACAAUGGAAGAAUGGAAAAUGUCCAAUAUGUAGGGCUAAAAUAGACGAUGUUGUUCGAGUGCAUGUUGAAGCUUAG